AAAACACUUCACGGUGAUCUGCAAACAGGUGUGAGGUAGACGCCGUGGUGGUUGCCGUAGGCACGCUCUGCUCCUUUUUGUCUUCUUGCUGCGAACGAAAGGAACGCAGCGUUCCCGAUACGUGUAUUCCCCAAGCAUCGAGGUUAGGAUGCGACGCCGGUCUCCAGCUCUUGACCACAACCAUCGUUGGUGUCGGGAUCGGCCGCCAUCCGUCGUCGCAACGGCUGUCCGGUCUGCGGCAAGCAGGCCAGGCCGGCGUCCAAAGAGGACCGCCUGCACACCUGUACGUUGACCCGUUGUUCCCACGGCGGAACAGCAGCUGGCUUCUUUGGAUUGAGUUGAUGGAGUUGCCGCCCUCAGCUUCAUCCACAGGCUGACUCAUAGACGCCGCCCUCGAGCGAGCUCGCUAAGUCAUGGGCGUCGGCGCUGGCCAGAGCACACAAAUUGCAAGCAUGACGCCGGAUGAAUUUCGCGGCUCCAGCACAGCACCAAGGACCCGUCGAACGCGCUCGUCGCGCUCGAGGCCGGACGGCCAUCAGGACGACGAAUCUUCCGCCCUUCUCUUUUUGACUGCGCCAGCUUGUCGCAUGCCGUGUGCGCGGCAGUCGGGGGGACAGCUCACGCGGUGCGGUGGCGGCUCGGGUCCGGCAGUUCCGCGUUCUCGUCGCCAUCUCCAAUCACCUUGCUCGGUUUCUGUGACUAAGCGGUGCGGGUUCGUCCCCAGGAGCGUUGACGGUGCGUUUCUGCUUCCGCCUUGCGCAGAAACGAGGCGAGGAUGGGAUCGUCCGGACCUUGGCCGGCAAAUGCGUCAACGCGCAUGGUAAAACCGCGCCGCCACCCCUAGCCCCCGUCCCCGAUCCUGCCUUACCAAGUUCGAGCUUCUUCGCUCUCUCUCAACUCUGACGCUGGCAUCCCACACGCCAUUGUCUUCACCAGAACACGCCUCCUUGUUGGAUGAGCUCCAUCAUCCCCAUUCUCCUCUCCCCUUCCUCCUCAUCUUUCCAUUGAUCGUUUUGUGGCGCAAUGUGGAGGGCUUCAUUGAGUCGCUGCGGUGGCGGCGUCAAGGCGUGCUCGCGCGCGAGCCUGUCGUCGCUCAGCAGAGCAUCCCAUAAUGCCUCCGUGGCGUCGAGACGCAGAGCCAUGGCCGUCGUGUGCCGCUCCCAUCAGACGAGGAGCUAUGCGUCCAGCGCAGAGGAGCCAAAGGGCUCCAUUGGCGAGGGCGUCAAUCCCAACGACGCCUUCCUGCAGGGCAACACGGCCAACUACAUCGACGAGAUGUACAUGCAAUGGAAGAACGACCCGUCGUCGGUGCACAUCUCGUGGCAGAUCUACUUCCGCAACAUGGAAGAUGGCGACAUGCCCAUCGAACAGGCCUUCCAAGCGCCUCCGACCAUCCUGCCUCCGCCCCACGGCGGCCUGCCCGACUUCAAGCCCGGCAUGGGCAUGGAGAUUGGCGCCGGCUCCGACACGAUGAACCAUCUGAAGGUGCAGCUGCUCGUACGCGCGUACCAGGCCCGCGGCCACCACAAGGCCAAGAUCGACCCGCUCGGCAUCAGAGGCUCCGACUACGAGCCGUGGUACAGCAAGCCAAAGGAGCUCGAGCUGUCGCACUACAACUUCACCGAGAAGGACCUCGACCAGGAGUUCACCCUGGGCCCCGGCAUUCUCCCCCGCUUCAAGACGGAGACGAGACAGAAGAUGACCUUGCGCGAGAUCAUAGACACAUGCGAGAGGCUGUACUGCGGCUCGUACGGCGUCGAGUACAUUCACAUUCCAGAUCGUGAGCAGUGCGAUUGGAUCAGGGAACGAGUCGAGAUUCCGCAGCCGUUCAAGUACUCGGUCGACGAGAAGAGGAGGAUUCUGGACCGUCUCAUCUGGGGCACAAGUUUCGAAGCCUUCCUGGCGACCAAGUACCCGAACGACAAGCGGUUCGGUCUCGAGGGUGGCGAGGCGUUGAUUCCAGGCAUGAAGGCUCUGAUCGAUCGCAGCGUCGACUAUGGCGUCAAGGACAUCGUCAUCGGCAUGCCGCACCGAGGCCGCUUGAACGUCCUCAGCAACGUCGUCCGGAAGCCAAACGAGUCCAUCUUCAGCGAGUUCUCCGGCACGGCAGAUCCAGCCGACGAGGGAUCUGGCGACGUCAAGUAUCAUCUCGGCAUGAACUUUGAGCGGCCCACCCCGUCUGGAAAGCGCGUGCAGCUCUCGCUCGUCGCCAAUCCGUCUCACCUGGAAGCUGAGGAUCCCGUCGUGCUGGGCAAGACCCGUGCCAUCCUCCACUACAACGGCGACGAGAAAGAAGCCAACACGGCCAUGGGCGUCUUGCUUCACGGUGAUGCCGCCUUCGCAGGACAGGGCGUCGUCUACGAGACGCUCGGCUUCUACAAUCUGCCUGGCUACCAGACCGGUGGCACCAUCCACAUCAUCGUCAACAAUCAGAUCGGCUUCACCACAGAUCCUCGUUUCGCCCGCUCCACGCCAUACUGCUCCGACAUUGCAAAGGCCAUCGACGCGCCUGUUUUCCACGUCAAUGGUGACGACGUCGAAGCUCUCAACUUCAUCUGCCAACUUGCGGCCGACUGGCGUGCCAAGUUCAAGAAGGACGUCGUCAUCGACAUGGUGUGCUACCGCAAACAGGGCCACAACGAGACGGAUCAGCCUUUCUUCACCCAGCCUCUGAUGUACAAGAAGAUUGCCGAGCAAAAGCCCGCGUUGGACAAGUACGUUGACCGCUUGCUCGCGGACGGCACCUUCACCAAGGAGGACAUCGACGAGCACAAGAAGUGGGUGUGGGGCAUGCUGGAGGAGAGCUUCACGCGCAGCAAGGACUACCAACCCACCGCGAAGGAGUGGCUUACGUCUGCUUGGAACGGAUUCAAGUCGCCAAAGGAGCUCGCGACCGAAGUGCUCCCUCAUCUACCCACGGCCGUUGACCGGGAGACGCUCGUCAAGAUUGGUAACGCCAUCGGCAGUGCUCCAGAAGGCUUCAAUGUACACCGCAACCUGAAGCGCAUUCUCGCUCAGCGCACGAAGACCGUGUCCGAGGGCAAGGGCAUUGACAUGUCUACCGCCGAAGCUCUGGCGUUUGGUUCGCUCUGCUUGGAUGGACAUCACGUCCGUGUCAGCGGUCAGGAUGUGGAGCGUGGCACCUUUUCGCAGCGUCACGCUGUGCUGCACGAUCAGGAGAACGAAGCGACCUGGACGCCACUUGCCAACCUGAGUAAGGAUCAGGCCACCUUUGUCAUCAGCAACAGCUCGUUGAGUGAGUACGGAGUUCUCGGCUUCGAAUACGGAUACUCGCUCUCGUCGCCAAACGCCCUUGUCAUGUGGGAGGCCCAGUUCGGCGACUUCGCCAACAACGCACAGUGUAUCAUCGAUCAAUUCAUCGCUUCCGGCGAAGUGAAAUGGCUUCAACGUACGGGUAUCGUGCUCUCAUUACCACACGGCUACGACGGCCAAGGUCCAGAGCACUCGUCCGGCCGUAUCGAGCGCUACUUGCAGCUUUGCAACGAGGACCCGCGAGUGUUCCCCUCUCCCGACAAGCUGGACCGCCAGCACCAGGACUGCAACAUGCAGGUUGCGUACGUGACGAAGCCUAGCAACUACUUCCACCUUCUCAGGAGGCAGAUGAACAGACAGUUCCGAAAACCCUUGAUUCUCUUCUUUAGCAAGAGCCUUCUGCGUCAUCCGAUGGCCCGCUCGUCCAUCGAGGAAUUCACUGGCGAUUCUCACUUCCAAUGGGUCAUCCCUGACCCGGCCCACGAGGACGGCACUAUCGAGGGUCGCGACCAGAUCAAGCGCGUCAUCAUGUGCACAGGCCAGGUGUACACGGCACUGGUCAAGCACCGCGAGGAGCUCGGCGACAAGACGACGGCCAUUACGCGCCUGGAGCAACUACACCCCUUCCCCUGGCAGCAGCUCAAGGACAACCUGGACUCGUAUCCUAACGCCGAGACGCUGGUCUGGGCCCAAGAGGAGCCGCUCAACGCGGGCGGAUGGAGCUUUACCCAGCCUAGAAUCGAGACCCUUCUCAACGAGACGCAGCAUCACAACAGGAAGCACGUCAUGUACGCCGGACGCGCUCCUAGCGCCUCCGUCGCCACCGGCCUGAAGAGCGUGCACAAGAAGGAAGAAAAGGAACUGCUGGAGAUGGCGUGGAGUGUCAGGCAGGACAAGCUAAAGGGAGAAUAGAAGGAGAGAAAAAGAUCGCCCAACCUCUUACCGUAGAAGGCGUGCCCAACCUCUUUUUUUCUCUUCUAAAUUGCCCAAAAAAAAAGAAAAGAACGACUGUUUUCCAAUCAGAAGCAAUACAAAGGGGGGAGAGAGAUGACCGGGCGAGACGUGUCUGUCCAUAGUAGAGUGUAUGUUUUGUGUGUGUGGAUUUGGCCUGGCGCCGAGUGCCAACUCUCUCCCGAUGCAUUAGGGAUGUAAUAAGACUCAUGUUCAGCAUUUGCAAAUGUAAAAAACGUUUUUAUUUGGUCGAAUUAGCCUGUUUCUCCCCCAUUCUUUUUCUUUCUUUCUUUCUUUC